AUGAAGGCCUCCAUCGUUAGCGCAUCUCUCUUCGCCGCGGCGGUCACCGCUCACGGCAACAUCACCUUCCCUCCAGCGAGGCAGGCAGGUGCCGCCAUGGCGGCCGUAUGCGGACAGGCUGCCGUUGACACUAUCAACUCGGACCCAACGAUCCCUCUUGAGGACGUGACGGCCGGAUCAACGCAAUGCAACCUGGGCCUCUGCAGGGGCGCGCAGUUCGAGGACAACGCGGAGCAGGUGCAGCAGUUCGCCCCCGGCCAGGUCGUCGACAUGGAGGCCAUCAUCCCGAUCCCGCACGCGGGGCCGAUGAACACGAGCAUCGUCGACACGGCGACCAACACGGCCGUCGGGGCCCCGCUCAUCUCGUUCGACGUCUACGCCGACGAGAACCUCGCCCAGCUCCCCGCCAACAACACCGCCUUCAGCGUCACCAUGCCGACGGACCUCGCCCCGGGCCAGUGCGCCGUCGCGGGCGAGUGCGUGCUGCAGUGGUUCUGGUUCGGGACGAACGCGCAGCAGACGUAUGAGUCUUGUGUUGACUUCGUCAUGGUUCAGCAGUAG